UCACGGAGCUGGGACCUUACCACCUCUGUCUCUCUUUCUCUCUCUCUCUCUCUCUCUCUGGCCGUCUCUGCACACGUCUUUCUCUGAAAUGUGUGUGUGCGUGAAAGAGAGAGGAGGACUACUAACUAGAGUGUGUGUGUGCGUGUGUGUGUGAGGGUGCAUGUCCGGAGCAAGUAAAGGCAGGGGGAUUAUUCGGCGCUAUCGAAAUAUUUCAACACGUCGCCCAGGACUCGCUGCUGCAGGACUGAAGCCAAUAAGAAGGAAGGCAUUUUAACAGGAAUGCCGAUAUUGUAAACAGCAAGCAGAGGAGAAAAGAAUGCGCUUGCAAGUCAAUUAAAGUGACUCACCCACAAAUUGGUUUAAUUCGGCUAAUGUCCGCCAGCCAGAGAGACGCACAAAGGUGUCCGAUGCGCGUCAAGAGCGUCUGAGGAGAAAAUCGGUCUCGCAGCACUUUUGAAGAAUUAUGGAAAACAUUUUUGCAUUUCUCUUUGCAGACUUUUGAUCAGACUGUUCCAACUUGUGCAAAAAAAGAAGUGGAUGCUUAUUUCUCUGCAGAGCUGAAGUAGGAAUUCCCAAAGCUUUCCAACUUCCAGAUUUUGUCCACUUUUUUUUAUUUUGUCUUCCACUGUUGUGGGUAGAAAAUAUUGUUUCACAGUCGUCUACAGUUUUGUUGCCUGCACUUGGAUGAACUUCCUGAUGAGAGAUCCAGUCAUACAGGGAUCAAGUAUGGCAUAUCAUCCGUUUAUACCUCACCGGGGUCCGGAAUUUGCCAUGAGUGCAAUGCUGGGUCACCAGCCUCCUUUCUUCCCGGCUCUGGCGCUGCCUCACGGCGGAUCCCUGUCUCUGCCGGGCGGCCUGGGGAAGCCGAUCAUGGACCAGCUGAUGGGAGUCACGGAUGCCGGCCUGCACUUCUCGUCGCUGAGCCACCAGGCUGCGGCCGCACACCUUCGGCCUCUCAAGACUCUGGAGCCCGAGGAGGAGGUGGAAGACGACCCCAAAGUUCACCUGGAAGCCAAGGAGCUCUGGGAACUCUUCCACAAGAGAGGCACCGAGAUGGUGAUCACCAAAUCCGGAAGGCGGAUGUUCCCACCGUUCAAAGUGAGGUGCACCGGUCUGGACAAAAAGGCCAAAUAUAUUCUCUUGAUGGAUAUUGUUGCAGCCGACGACUGUAGAUAUAAGUUUCAUAACUCCCGCUGGAUGGUGGCGGGAAAAGCCGACCCAGAGAUGCCAAAGAGGAUGUACAUUCACCCGGACAGUCCGGCUACUGGAGAACAGUGGAUGUCAAAAGUCGUCAAUUUUCACAAACUCAAGCUGACGAAUAACAUCUCCGACAAGCAUGGAUUUGUAAGUUCAACUAAUACCAUACUAAACUCGAUGCACAAAUAUCAGCCUCGGUUUCACAUUGUGAGGGCCAACGAUAUUCUCAAACUGCCGUACAGUACCUUCAGGACAUACGUUUUCCCUGAAACGGAUUUCAUUGCCGUGACUGCUUAUCAAAAUGACAAGAUAACCCAGCUGAAAAUUGACCAUAAUCCGUUUGCCAAAGGAUUCCGUGACACGGGCAAUGGGAGACGGGAAAAGAGGAAACAGCUGGCUCUGCAGUCCAUGCGUUCAUACGAGGAGCAGCAGAAAAAGGAGAACGGGGCUUCAGACGACUCCUCUGGAGAGCAGGCGUCCUUUAAAUGCUUCGGCCAGGCCUCGUCUCCCGCCGUGUCUACCGCGGGCCCCACACACAUGAAAGAUUUCUGCGACAGCGAUGAGGACAGCGACGAUGAGAGCAAAGAUGGACACAUCAAAGAUGGCCCGGACUCCAGCAAGAUCUCCACGACCACUAAGGACGGGAAGGAUCACGAGGCGAGCCCGGCUAAGGGCCAUCCGUUUAGUAAUAACAAUAAUACCACCACUGACUCUAGCAGCAGAGGAGGAGGCCCCAGGACGGAGAAGAGCCAGGCGGAUUCUCGGCAGAGCCCCGUCACCGUCAUCUCCAGCACCACCCGGUCCGGAGAGGACCUGAAGAGCCCGAGCCUGCAGGACCAGCAGCCCAAAACGGACACGGAGUGCAGCAGCAGGUCAAUAAGCAAAGACAGUUUCAUGCCUUUGACUGUUCAGACUGACAGCCCGCACAUGGGCCACGGCCACAUGCCUAAUUUUGGAUUUGCAACAGGCCUAACAGGACAACAGUUUUUCAAUCACCUCGGGAGCGCGCAUCCGUUCCUCUUGCACCCGAGUCAGUUCAACAUGGGGGGCGCGUUCUCAAACAUGGCCGCUGGCAUGGGGCCCUUAUUGGCCGCCGUGUCCUCUGGAGGGGUGAGCACCAUGGACACCACGAGCAUGGCAUCACCUUCGCAAAGCCUGACGGGAGCGCAUGGCCUGCCCUUUCAUCUGCAGCAACAUGUCUUGGCAUCACAGGGCCUCGCCAUGUCUCCGUUUGGUGGUCUGUUCCCGUAUCCGUACACCUACAUGGCAGCAGCCGCAGCAGCCUCCUCUGCAGCGGCCGCCUCCUCCGCGGUGCACCGGCAUCCCUUCCUGAACGCGGUGCGACCCAGACUCCGGUACAGCCCGUACUCGCUCCCCAUGACGGUACCGGACAGCACGCUGCUCACCACCGCCUCCAUGCCCUCCUCCAUGGCCGGAGCAGAGCUGAAAGGAGACGGCAUGGUCCCGUCCAGCCCGUUGUCUGGUGGCGUCACCCUGGACUCCACAUCGGAGGUGACCAGCCACUCGUCCUCCGUCUCAAUGUCCCCAAAAACUUGCACGGAGAAAGACGCGUCCAACGAGCUGCAGAGCAUCCAGCGCCUGGUCAGCGGACUGGACUCCCAUCAGGACCGGCCACGGAGCGGGUCCCCAUAGGUUGUUGCUUUUUUUUUUUUUUUUUUUUUUUUACACACCACCUGCUUCUCGUUUCGUUGUUGUCAUGAAAAAGUGAAAAGUGUUGACGGUGAUGAAGACAUUAACAGUAUAUAGGAGGACACCCCCUCGUAGAUUCAUGCAGGUUUUUAAAGAGAAAACUAAAAAAACACAAAAAAAAAAAAAAAAAACUCUUUUAGUUUCUGAAAUGCACUUUGGUUAAUACACACCAUGAUAUGUAUAUUUUUUCUUCUUUUUGUUUUGUUAAAUUAAACAACACUUUUUAAUCCUGUCAUUUGAAUACCGUACAAGUAUUGAAACUGAAAAGUUGGCAUGGGUGUGUGACUUACAGAUUUUUUUAGGAGAAGUUGCUGCUGUGUCCUGUCUCCUGACUUUAUUGUACACGAGGAGAAAUGUGUUUUAAUAUGCACUCUGAAUCGAUUUGACUUAUUUUGAAUUCACUACCGUUUAACCUACCUUAUAAUAAAGACUGCUGUAUUUUGUUGUACACUAUUAAUUGGCCAAAUGUUGCAUGCCCCCUAAAAACCUAAAAAGUUAUUUUAACACUAAAAAUAUAAACGAAAAAAAAAUUCAGUUUGGAAUAUAAUUAAAACACUCCCUUUGCUUAUGUUUAUUCUUAAUUAGGUUAUUAAUUUUUUAACACAAAUUAGUUUUUUCUUCAUACCUUUUUGAAAUCAGAACAGGCCUAUUGACAUGAAUGGCAUGCGUAAUUUAGCCCAAAUGUCCAACAGGCAAAGGGAAGCAGAAAUUGAAAUAUUAAAAAAACGAAAGGUAGUAUUGAUUAAAGGUGUACAUAGGGAUAUAUAAAAUAUUUAUGUAAUUAUUUCAUAUUGUUAUUGCGUGUAAAUACAACGGAGUAGUUUGUUUCUAGGGAUCUGUUCUUAAUUUAUUGUCGAUAUUACCUGUGUAAAGAUAGUUUGUGGGCUAUUAUCCUUUUGUUGCCAUCUGCAUUUAUACCCCUCUUAAAAUAUGGACUUUAUUCCUCCCCAAAUAUCCACUGAGCUAGUUAUUCACACUCAUGUGCCAUUAUUGUAUUUUCAUUUUGUCGUCCCCGUGUGUGAAGUGCUACUGUUUUAAAAAAAAACGAAUGAAAAAGCGACAACGCACUGCACCAAUGGCUUGGGAAGAAAAAUAUAUAUUCUUUUUUUUUUUUUCCUGAGAAGAGCAAAAAGAAGUGUCGUUGAAGUGUGACAAAAGUGGACUAUUUUUUUCUGUUAUUAAAAAUACUUUGCGAACCUGAUCGUACAAGUGCCGCAUAAUCGAAAAUAUGAAGGUUUCUUUUUUUGUGUUUCUCAAUGGGUUAUGUUGUAUUAUUGGAGUUAUGUCUAGUUUACAACAUCGACAUCGUGUUCUUGAAAGUUUCAAUAAAAUAUUGAAAUUCCAAUU